UACCUUCAGCCGCCUUCUCGAAUUUCAGUCGGACACGGCAUCCGUCUGCGCCAAAUUCGUGUUUGCAUUCAAUAAUUGUUUUCUUCGUGGAGUCUCUGCCAUUGAAGUUGCGCCCCUUCUUCCAAAUUCCUCUGAUCAAAAGCUUCCCAACAAUCAUUCCACGAUCUCUGCAGAAGUGAAACGCAAAGAGAAAAUGGACGGUGAACGGAGAAUCGGAGUUGCAGUGGAUUUCUCACUCUGCAGCAAAAAAGCACUCAAAUGGACUAUCGAUAAUGUUAUCCGUAAAGGUGAUUACCUAAUUCUCAUCACUGUUCGUCCUGAAGGCGAUUAUGAAGACGGCGAGAUGCAGCUCUGGCAAACUACCGGAUCUCCGCUUAUUCCUCUGUCUGAGUUCUCCGAUCCUCACACCAUGAAGAAGUACGGGAUUAAGCCGGAUGCUGAAACUCUGGACAUCGUGACGACGGCGGCCGCCCAGAAGGAGAUCACUGUAUUGCUUAAGGUUUAUUGGGGAGAUGCUGGAGAGAAGAUUUGUGAAGCAAUUGAUCAGGUUCCUAUCAGCUGUCUCGUCAUUGGGAACAGAGGUCUUGGCAUGCUUAAGAGGGCAAUAUUGGGGAGUGUAAGCAACUAUGUGGUGAACAAUAGCUCCUGUCCAGUCACUGUGGUGAAGAAAGGAGAUCAUGACCACUGAUCAUCAUCAUCAUCCCACCACAAAGCACUCUUAAAUCCACAUUUUCUCAUUCGAAUUCUCUUAUUCUAAGAUAGUGAUUAUGUUUUGUGAAUUGUUAAUGCAUAUGUUGAUGGAUGGCUUGGCCUUCGUUGCUGUGUUCUUCAAAUGUUUGGAUAUUAUUUAAACAUUGGAUUGCUUUUUUACUUGUUGAAUUAUAAGACAUUUAAAUUUACCUUAAAAAUAUUCACACA